UUGAGAGAUCUAGCAUGAAAAGCACACAUGGGCACGCGCGCACAGACAUCUUGUAUCUUGCAAACAACUCCUCCUCUCAGCUUGCUUGCUUCUUCUCAUCAACUCAACUCACCUACUUAAUAAACCAACCUACGAGACAAAACUAUUAAUUUCUCUCAUUUUUCACCUUCCACAAUACAAAAUCAACUCACGUUUUCAAAAGAAACUCAUUCCCAUUAAUGGAGGUUAUACGUUCAGGUGUUGCAGACACCCAACAAAGCCAAAUACAGCAUUUUCAUGUGCUAGCAGUCGAUGAUAGUCUCAUUGAGAGGAAGAUCUUGGAGAGGCUCCUCAGAGAAUCUUCAUGCAAAGUGACUUGUGUGGAUUCUGGGGAUAAAGCUCUUGAAUAUCUGCGCCUGCUUGAUACCCAAGAGACUGACUCUACAGCUUCAUCGUCUUCUACCCAAUCAUCACAACAAGAGGGGUUGAAAGUAAACUUGAUCAUGACGGACUACUCAAUGCCCGGAAUGAGCGGCUACGAUCUACUGAAGAGAGUCAAGGGAUCUUCUUGGAAAGACAUACCGGUAGUGGUCAUGUCAUCAGAGAAUGUACCCUCUAGGAUAAGCAUGUGCUUACAAGAAGGGGCAGAGGAGUUCCUUCUGAAGCCUCUUCAGUUGACUGACCUCAACAAGCUCCAGCCUCACCUCCUUAAAUCUCUGGUCCAUUCUAAUCAAGACACCGACAAUGACCACCACCACCACCACGACAACAACAACAACAACGUUGUUAUAAGCAACAGUAAAGCAGUAGUGUCUCCGGAGUCACUGCCUAAUAAAAUGAAGGGAUUAGCUGUGGUAUAUAAGUAAGGAUUAGAUACAGUCAGGUGCAUAUAACAUUAAGGAAUAUCUCCAGAACUUUCAGAGAGGAUCUAACAUGAAGGGAUUAGGUGUGGUACAUAUAUAUAUGUGGCGUUAGAGACGGGUGUGGGUGCAUAUAUUUAAUUAUGAGGGUUUUGCAGGCAGAAUAUUCUCGAUCAGUAGUUGGCAGUUCCCUUUAUAA